AGUACUUUUGUUAAAGAGCGUUAACGUUUAGUUUGAGAGCGUUAGGUGCCGUGGGGCUUGGCGAGGCCGCCACGCCCGUAUAAAACGGCCCUAAAAUUUCCGGGGCCAAGUGUAGAAAGAGAUCGAGUCCUUUUAUCUCCCUCGCCCUCGGCGUCAGAUCUCUUCUCGUUCUCUCUCUGUGCUUGAUCUCGGAGAAGCCAUGGCGGAUCAGCUCACGGACGACCAGAUCUCUGAGUUUAAGGAGGCCUUCAGCUUGUUCGACAAGGACGGAGACGGUUGCAUCACAACUAAGGAGUUGGGAACUGUGAUGCGGUCACUGGGGCAGAAUCCAACUGAGGCCGAGUUGCAGGACAUGAUAAAUGAGGUUGAUGCUGACGGCAAUGGGACUAUUGACUUCCCAGAAUUCCUCAACCUGAUGGCUCGCAAGAUGAAGGAUACUGACUCAGAAGAGGAACUCAAGGAGGCCUUCCGAGUGUUUGACAAGGACCAGAAUGGCUUCAUCUCAGCUGCUGAGCUCCGCCACGUCAUGACCAACCUUGGUGAGAAGUUGACAGAUGAGGAGGUUGACGAGAUGAUCCGUGAGGCUGAUGUUGAUGGUGAUGGCCAGAUCAACUAUGAGGAAUUUGUUAAAGUCAUGAUGGCCAAGUGACCUCUCAAGAUGACAUAAAAAAUAUGAGGAAAUUUCAUGGAAGAUAUGCAGUAAAAUACGAUCGUUUAUCUGGAUAGCUUCAGUUGUGAAACAACACAGGGAUGACCCUUUCUCUCUCUUCUUGUGUAUCAUGGGUGGUAUUGUUCAUUGCACUAUUCAUCCAUGGUUCUCUGAAUCUGUCCUCUGUUUCCAUCUUGGUAUUUGGGUUUUGCUUGGAUCGAUAUGUAGUCCUAUUUCUGCAGCUUCCUUUUCCCAUCUGUUGCAAACCGGAACAAUGAAGACAUCCUCUUUCUUGACCUUUUUCUAUUGUUUUAAUAUUUUAUUAUGUCAUGAUUAUUGCGUAGCUGUGAAA